UCCAUUAGACAUAGUCAAAGCACACACAUUCUCUCCCUCAUUCUCGCGCUCUGCUUCUCGCUCUCGCGUCAUAUUAUUUCAAAUCUGUUGCUGUCCUUCUCUUCUUUUCUCAUAACUGCCGCUGAAUUCUCCGUUGCUCUCUCUUCUUGCCGGAAAAUAUUUUCGCCUUCCUCUAUUUAUUAGUAGCUCAGGAAUAGUUUCCGCUUCCUCAGUUCCUCUCCUCGGUCACGAACCUCUGGAGUUUGAUACCUGCAACAAGCUAUUUCUCUGUUGUUUUGCGUUGGAUGAGAAAGAAACCGUUUCGAAUCACUAGAACUUUUUUUUCUUUUGCUUCUAGAGAGGGUGCUUUUAGAUAAAAAUGUAGCUGAUUAAGCUAUAUUUUGUUCCUCUAACGAUUAAGAAACUGUUGUUUUCCUGUUUUCUUUCUUUUUUCUGAUUUCAUUUGGUUUGAAGAAGAGAUAGAUAUUGAAUGGCGGUGGAGUAUGAGUGCUGUGGAACGGAUUUCUUUAUAGACAUUGUGGUAAUAGUAUUACUGGUGAUGUUCGCUGGAUUGAUGUCUGGGCUUACUCUGGGGCUUAUGUCUAUGAGUAUUGUUGACCUUGAAGUUAUUGCGCAGUCUGGGACCCCGAAAGAUCGCAAAUACGCAGCAAAGAUAUUGCCGAUUGUCAAAAAUCAGCAUUUGUUGCUCUGCACGCUGCUCAUUUGCAAUGCUGCUGCCAUGGAGGCCCUUCCAGUUUUUCUUGAUAGUCUGAUUACAGCUUGGGGUGCUAUUCUAAUUUCGGUAACCUUGAUUCUCCUAUUUGGUGAGAUUAUACCUCAAUCUGUGUGUUCUCGGCAUGGUUUGGCAAUUGGAGCAAAAGUGGUUCCGUUUGUUCGUGUUCUUGUCUGGAUCUGCUUCCCCUUUGCUUAUCCUAUAAGCAAGCUUCUGGACUACAUGCUGGGCCAUGGACAUGUAGCACUUUUUCGCAGAGCUGAGUUGAAAACACUCGUAAAUUUUCAUGGUAAUGAGGCAGGAAAAGGUGGAGAACUAACCCAUGCUGAAACGACAAUUAUAGCUGGAGCACUUGAGCUCACUGAGAAAACAGUUGGUGAUGCCAUGACACCUAUAUCUGAAACUUUUACAAUUGAUUUUAAUGCCAAACUUGACAAGUCUUUGAUGAAUUUGGUAUUGGAGAAAGGGCAUAGCAGAGUGCCAGUGUAUUAUGAGCAACCUGCAAAUAUAAUUGGACUUGUUCUGGUCAAGAAUUUAUUGACAAUUUAUCCAAAAGAUGAAACGCCCAUAAAGAAUGUCACAAUACGAAAGAUCCCCAGGGUUGAAGAAAAUUUGCCAUUAUAUGAUCUAUUGCAUGAGUUUCAGAAAGGUCACAGCCACAUGGCUGUUGUUGUAAAACAGUGCAACAAAAUAGAGGAGAAGCCAACUAGCAAUGCUGCUGGUGAUCCAAUAGAAGAAGUUAAAGUUGAUAUUGAUGUCGAGAAGUCUCCACAAGAGAAUACUCCAAAGAACAGAAGGCCGCUUCAGAGGUGGAAGAGCUGUCCCACGCCCAGUCCCAGCAGGGUCAACAAUUCACUUAAGGAAUCAAGGAGCAAGAAGAGGACAAAGGACGUGGACUCAGACAUCUUGCAUAUAAAUGGCAUUCUACUCCCUCAAAUUCCUGAAGAGGGAGCUAUCGGUGUUAUAACAAUGGAAGAUGUGAUUGAAGAGCUUUUACAGGAGGAGAUCUAUGAUGAAACAGAUCAUCAUUUGGAGGCCUCAUGACACUGGCCUUCCAUGAAGAGCAGAAUCUUGAUAAUCAACAAUGUUUUGUUAAUAUAAUCAAAAAAUAGAAAUUUAAUUCACUUCAUUUUGUUUGUUUGAAUAGGCUCUUAAAGAUAG